GUCACAACACCACACAGCAGCAGCAAUGGCCAAGUCAAAGAACUCGUCCCAGCACAACCAGUCGCGCAAGGCGCACCGUAACGGCAUCAAGAAGCCCAAGACUUCUCGUUACCCCUCCCUGAAGGGCACCGACCCCAAGUUCCGCCGAAACCACAGACAUGCUCUUCACGGCACCAUGAAGGCUCUGAAGGCGGCCAAGGAGG